AUGGAAAACUCUACAGAGGUGACUGAGUUCCUUCUUAGGGGGUUAUCCAAUGACCCAGAGCUGCAGAUCCCUCUCUUCAUCAUCUUCUCUCUCAUCUACCUCAUCACGGCCGUUGGGAACCUGGGCAUGAUCCAGCUGAUUCUGUUGGAUGCUCGUCUCCACACUCCCAUGUACGUUCUCCUCAGUCACCUUUCUCUGGUGGACUUGGGUUACUCCUCAGCUGUCACUCCCAAGGCGAUGAUGGGAUUCCUCACGGGAGACGCAGUCAUCUCCCACAAUGCUUGUGCCACCCAGUUCUUCUUCUUUGUAGCCUUCAUCACCGUGGAAAGCUUUCUCUUGGCCUCAAUGGCUUACGACCGCUAUGCAGCGGUAUGCACCCCCCUGCACUACACCACCGCUGUGACGACAAACGUGUGUGCGUGUCUGGUCAUAGGCUCCUACGUCGGUGGUUUCCUGAACGCCUCCAUCCACACCGGGAACAUUUUCAGGCUCUCCUUCUGCAGGUCCAACGUGGUUGACCACUUCUUCUGUGACGCGCCUCCUCUCCUGGCUCUCUCAUGCUCAGACACCUACGUCAGUGAGAUGGUUAUCUUCUUUGUGGUGGGCUUCAAUGACCUCUUUUCUGUCUUGGUCAUCUUGGUCUCCUAUCUAUUUAUAUGUAUCACCAUUCUGAAGAUGCACUCAUCUGAGGGACGCCAAAAGGCCUUUUCCACCUGCACCUCCCACCUCACUGCUGUCUCCAUCUUCUAUGGAACAGGCAUCUUCAUGUACUUACAGCCCAGCUCCAGCCAUUCCAUGAACACAGACAAAGUGGCAUCUGUCUUCUAUACCAUGGUCAUCCCCAUGCUGAACCCCAUGGUCUACAGCCUGAGGAACAAAGAGGUUAAGAGUGCCUUUAAGAAGGCUGUGGGGAGGGCAAAGUCUUCUAUAAGAUUAGUAUUUUAA